AUGUGGAAGGAAGUCAAUGUCAAUGUAACAGUACUGGAGAAGACAGAGCAACUGAUUCAUUGUUAUGUGCAAGAUAAGAAUUCUGUUUUCACUUGUUACAUAACAUUUGUUUAUGGAUUGCAUACUAUUCAACAUAGACAAUCACUAUGGGGGAAACUAAGAAGUAUAAAAUUGAAUGAUCCUUGGCUUAUAAUAGGAGAUUUAAAUAGUGUACUAAAUGUUGAUGAUAGAAUAAAUGGUAAUCCUGUACAACAAGCUGAAGUAGUAGAUUUCCAAAAUUGUAUUGAAGAUAUAGGAGUAGGGCAGAUUACCAAAAGAGGGGGUGACUUCACAUGGUGUAACAAAAGAGAUGCUGAAGUAAGGAUAUAUAGUCAUAUAGAUUGGGCCUUUGGGAAUGCUGAAUGGUUCAACCUAUACACUGGUAUUGAGGCUCAAUACAUGCUUCUUGGAUGUUCAGACCAUACUCCAAUAAUGAUAAGUACUGAACAAGCAGAAUAUAAGGAGAUUGUACAAAGAGUAUGGGAACAAAGAAGUGGAGGAGAUGCUAUGUCUACAGUCUGGAGAAAAUUGAAGCAGAUUGAGAAAGAGAUUAGAAGUAUACAACAUGAGCAUUCAUCAGUGGAUAAAAAGCUAAACAAGAUGAGAGAAGAGUUAAAUCAGAUUCAAGGAAUGUUAAAUGAAGAUUAUUUUAAUGCAGAACUGAUAGAGGAUGAAAGGAAAUGUCUAGCAGAUAUUGAGAAGUGGGAAGUGUGA